UUUCAAACUGUUCUAAAGAUACUUUUUAGUGACAAGCCGUAUAACUACGACGUGGUUGUGGUCGGCGGCGGAAUAGUCGGUUGUGCCGCCGCUCGCCAGUUGAAAAUUUCUAACCCAAACCUGAAUAUCGCUCUACUCGAGAAGGAGAAGCAUUUAGCGACCCAUCAAAGUGGCAACAACAGCGGAGUGCUACAUGCUGGUAUAUACUAUGUCCCUGGAAGUCUGAAGGCGAAACUAUGUGUAAGAGGGAUUGAUUUGGCAUAUAAAUAUUUUGAUGAGCACAACAUUCUAUAUAAAAGGAUCGGUAAACUGAUAGUAGCUGUUGAACCGGAAGAAGUUCCACGACUAGAAAAUCUUUUUCAACGAGCACAGAAGAACAACUGUAAGAUGAUCCAGUUGAUUGAUGGAAGUGAAAUCAAGAAGUACGCUCCUCACUGCAAGGGUUUAAAAGCUAUCUGGUCUCCUUAUACAGGCAUCGUAGAUUGGGGUCUUGUAACAAGGUCGUUCGCAGGAGACUUCGAAAAAAAAGGUGGUAUGGUCUAUACAGAUUACUCGGUUGACAAUCUUUGCUUCCUCGGAGAAUCUCCGUUGUCAGGAAAGCCAAAUGAAUUUCCUUAUUUGAUCACUUGUGCUGGUCUGCAGUCAGACCGCGUUGCUAGAUUGUCAGGAUGCCAGACUUUGCCGAAAAUUGUUCCGUUUCGAGGAGAAUAUUUACUACUCAAAUCACAUAAACGUUACCUAGCUGAAACAAAUAUAUAUCCGGUUCCUGACAGCCGUUUCCCAUUUCUUGGCGUACAUUUUACACCUCGAAUGGAUGGAAAUGUGUGGCUGGGCCCAAAUGCUGUAUUGGCCUACAAGAGAGAGGGCUACAAAUAUACAGAUAUAUCUUUCAAUGAUCUUUAUGACUCUCUAACAUUCCGCGGCAUGCAUAAACUGAUGUGGAAGUUUCUUGGCUAUGGACUGAAAGAAAUGUAUCGGGGUAUUUUUAUUGGCGCACAAGUAAAACAGCUUCAAAGAUACGUUCCUGAACUGACCGUAGCUGAUGUUACCAGAGGGCCUGCUGGUGUCCGAGCGCAAGCAAUGGACGGUGAAGGUAAUUUGAUAGAAGAUUUUGUUUUUGACGGAGGUUAUGGCAGCUUGGGAAGUCGAGUUUUGCAUGUGCGAAAUGCACCCAGCCCGGGUGCUACGAGUAGUCUAGCUAUUGCCGAAAUGAUAGGUGAGAAGGCAGCCGAGAAGUUUGAUAUUAAGCACAGAACUUUAUGA